AUGAGUGCUAUGGGCGAGUAUGGAAGCGCUUUGCGCAACGGCCGCUAUGCCCAAAUUCUACUCUCCAAAGCAGACAGUGUCGAGUCUCAGCAAGCUCCGAGCUCGACCUCCGGUUCCGUAUCCGACCCUGCUCCGGUGGCCGGGGCUUUAAUCAGGGCCCUCGUCACUCGGUUGGCUUCUUCCGAUUCUGGGUCCGACUACACAGCCGAGACAACGGCAGAUGUCCCACAGGUUCUAUCAGUUGGUCUCGCUGCCUUGAAUGCCUUCCUCCAAGUCAAUGUCACUGGCCCUGUUCUCCCUGAGUCGGCUGCUCUCAGUUCCCUCUUCACCAAGGAAUGGGCUAGUGUUCAAUUGAACGACACCAAAAAGUCCCAUGCUCAUCUCCACAAGACUUGCCUUAGCUAUCUCGAGGUUGAUGGCGUAUCACCAUACGCCUAUAUCCCUCACUUAGAGCUCUUUGCCCUGGCACGAUUCAUAUUUACACAGGAACUUAACCAGGCUACUAAUGAUAUCGUUGAGAUUCGUUCCGAAGACCAGCCUCUCAAGUGUAGCCUUGCUUGGACACGACUUCGAGUCGACGUAUGGCACUACAAGCUCCUGACACAACCCAGCUUGGGACAUGGCUCCAACUUUGCUCGAAGCUCUCAGUGGAGUGACGUGCCUACUCUGGCAUCCAAGAUUUUGGCUGGCAUCGAUGGUGUACGAGCACAGAUUCUUGGAGAAGAGGUUUGGGCAUCGGACAAUGAUGCCUGGAGUCGCGAAGAAAAGGUGCAGUUCCUUGUAGAAGCAGCGAACAACUACAUUCUGCUAGGUCGUGACGAUAAAGCCAGAGAAGCUCUCAAGGAGGCAUCUCAGACAAGUGGCCUCGAAUAUGCACUCUCAGGUGCUCUAGGAAAAAGGACCAAGUUUCAAGAAAACAGCAUCAGUCAGCUUGUUGUUUUGGCCAAAAGUGGCGCCGAACAACAGGCUGAUAGCGUGGAGGAGGAAGCCAAGCCAGAUGCUCUCCAGCUGAACGAUGAUACUCUGCACGAGGAGAUCCAGUUCUCAAAGGAGGAGAGUGUAGAAGAUAAGAAGGCCUCUCUUCCCGCUGCCUUGGCCGAGCUUUCGCCUGACGACCAACCUCAACUCUCGCCUCUCGACCAGAUUAUACUUCUAACGGAGGCUACUCUCAAGGAUGCUUUCUCACCUAUAGAUACCUUGACUUCAGCAGAGGUCCUUCCCUAUGCUGUGCGAGUUAUCGGAGAUAAGUCGACUAACUGGCAAAUUUAUACCCACGCCUUGUUGGUCCGUUCUCGAAUCGAGGUGCACCGCAGUCGAACUGUUGAGCGAGGUGUACUUCAGCUCCAAGCUGUGGCGGAUCAGGUUCUGACUGACACAACUGCCGAAGCCCAACAGAAGGCCGAGGCAAAAGAGCAGGAUACUGAGGCGGAUGCUCCAGCCAUCCAAGUCACUGCCCCUGAUCAAGCUCCCGCGCCACUGCAGAGCAAGCCGACAUCUUUCCUCCCUGCUCCAAAAGCUUCAGAAUCCGCCCCUGCACACGUGCGUCUUGAAUAUAUUCACGCCAUCUGCUCUCCCCCCAGAUGGCACCUUGAGUCUGAGCUCGCUUAUGCUUGGGCUGGUAUUGGUUCUUUGGCCUCUGCUCUCGAGAUCUUCAAGCGACUUCGACUGUGGGCCGAAGUCGCUCUCUGUCUCGCCAGUGCUGCUGCUUCCGAAGAUGAAGAUGGCCGUGGCAGUGGCGGCGAAGAGAAAGCCAAGGGAAUCAUCCGAUGGAGGCUGUUCCAUCGCACUGGAGAAACUUCUCCCUCGGAUCCCGACGAUGAGGAUAUUGGCGAUGACGUGACCCUUCUCAAGGCUGCUGACUUUUCUGGACCUGAACGUGAGCCUUCACCACCGAACGCCCCGCGACUAUUCUGUAUUCUGGGUGAUAUUGAGAAUGAUCCCUCUUACUACGAGCGUGCUUGGGAAAUCUCCAAGCAUCGUUUCGCUCGAGCUCAAAAGUCGCUUGGCGAAUACUACCUGCAGAACAAGGAGUGGGAGAAGGCACGCGAAGCAUACAAGAAGGCGACAUCUGUUAAUCGUCUGAGCCCUGAGAUGUGGAGUCGUCUUGGAGAUAUCAGUCUGCGCCUUGCGCAAUUUGGCGAUGCUGCUGAGGCAUUUAACCGCUCUAUUGGGUCUGCGAGCGAUACGGCUGGAGGCGAAGAUGCCCGAACAUGGAGCAAUUUGGGAAGUGCCCUUUGGAGUCUGUACUGCGAAGUCGUUGCCGAGGCCAAGAAGAACCCCAUCACCACCGAUGAAACCCCUGCACCGGUUCCUGCUGAGGAUGAAGAGGACGACGUUGCUCUUACCAGCUCUUCCAAGCCCUCAGAUCGUGACCCGGCAACUCUUGUGAGCCAGUCCCUCACUGCUUACAAGCGAGGUGCUUCUAUCGCUCACGACAACUGGCGAAUCUGGGAUAAUGUGCUCACUUUGGCCUCUCGUGUCCAACCGCCUGCUUUGCCAGACAUGAUCCUUGCUCUUAAGCACAUCAUUCGCAUCCGCAAGACUGAAGAUGCCAUCGACGCAGACGUUCUUGGAGCGCUGCUUCAAGAUGCGGUUCUUUCUGUGGAGAAAACGUCAAGCUCCGGUGUUUACGAUCCUCCUCGUGGAACACCCGAAAGACUACUAAUGCGCCUGGUUGAGGAGGAGGUCGUGCCACUCAUCACAAAGCGAUCGGAGCUCUGGACACUGGUCUCACGACUCCGUGCUUGGAGAAGGGAUUACUCUGGUGCAAUCGAUGCAGCAGAGCGAGCGUGGCGCGCAGUCCUUGGUUCGUCAGGCAGUGGCCUUUUGCCCGGCGCAGCUGCCACUACAGAAGACGAGGCACGAGAUUGGACUGUUGAUGAGGGUGCAUGGACAGUCGUGGUGCAGAGAACCGACGAGCUGGUGUCCGUGUAUGAGAACUGGGGCCCCUCCGUCGAGACUAUUGGCAGCAAGUGGAAGGGUAAAGCCAGAAGCGCAGUGAGGAGUGUGAUGGGCAAGGGCAAGGAACGGUGGGAGGGGAGUGAAGGCUGGAAGGUUUUGGAAAACUUGAUGGAAGGCUUGAGGAUUUCUUAA